AUAAAGUGUCUUAUGUUUCAGGAUAGAGAGUUUAAGCCAAAAAUGGAUGCGAAUAAUGAGAACAGAGAACCAGUGACUGAUCUUGCUCUGGAUUAUUCAAUUCAGUGUAUUCAGAGCAGGCUGAACAGCGAUUCAGGUGCAGGUGCAAAUGCAGGUUCAGUGUUAGGCAUGACAUUUGUGGCCACGGAGCCCCUGUCAGAGUUAGUUUGGUCUACAGAUAAAGGUGCAGGACCAAGCAAUGUGAAUCUUUCACCGCCACAAAGCAUUACAGGUGGGAGGCCUAUUGCUGAGAAGCCUUUAGAAGAAGAGAAUUUUAUAGCCUCAGAUACAUCAUUUCGUGUGAAGAGUGAAGCUGCUGGCAAAGAUGCUUUGACUAUGUCGCCGACAAGUGAUGCUGGCGUCAUGCUGGCACAUGGGUCGAGCCAUGAAUAUGAGACAGCAGAAACAAUUCCUAACGUGGAGGAAGUGCAAACAGCUAUGGAAGUAUCUAUUUUGCAUAAACAGGUGGACACUUGCGGUCCAAUCAAUUUCAAAAUAGAUGAAAUACCUGAGAUGCCUGAAACUGGAGAAAAUUUUCUUACAACAUUGCCAGGUGAUGUUGACAGAGAAAGGGCUAAUAUGAUGCAACCAGAUCAAAUAAUACCUUUUGUGGAACAAAGUGAACCAUUAUUGGAGGAUCCUGUCAGUGAAGACAUAUGUGCUGAUGAUAGAAAUCCGAGUAGGGAAAUGGAUUUUCUUUUGACCUCCAAAGCCUACCUAGUGAAUGAAAGUAGAGAUUCUGGUGCUUUUGUGGUGGAUCAAAUUUCCCAAGGCAGUAGGCCCUUGGAUAAACUGGAGUCAACUGCUGAUAAUGAUGUACAGAUACUGAGAAGUGAAAAUGCUUAUGGUGCAGCAAGUCAGAAGUUAGGAUCAGAAUGCCUCCUCGGGGAUAAAGAUAGCUUUGAGAAGGUUGAGGAGUUGCUUCCUGUAGAGGACUCUGUUCUGGACAAACACUCUCCAACUAACAGUAGAAUCCAUAAACAUCGAAGGAAAGGCAAGGAAAAGGCUUUAUCUGAUGGAGAUCUUAGUGGGAGAAUGUCCAAAAAAGCUGUAUCUGAUGGAAAUAUUAGUGGCAGAAUGUCAAACGAAGGGGAUGAUAGCCAUGAGAGUGUUGAAAGCUGUAACAGUGCUAGGUUGGUGUCAUCAGGCAAGAAGAGGUGGGGCUUUGAAGAACAGUUUAUUGUUGGGACUAAAAGAUUCAGAAAGCAAAUUCAAGAAACACCUGGUAGCAGUUCCUAUGUUAAACAAGAUAGCUCCUUCAUGAAUUGGAUAUCAUGCAUGAUGAAGGGUUUCUCAAAAUCAAUACAGGAUGAAGCACUACCUCUUAACGUUGUACAUCCUGAUCAUGUACGUGAGAGUUCUGAUAAGAAACUUAUCACAUACAACAAGAACCAAGAUGCUGGAAUAAAAAGUAUUGGUUUCCAGUCAAUUUUUCAGUCCUUGUAUUGCCCAAGGGCAGAGGACCAGGGAACAAGAAUGUCAAGUGGCAAUCAUGAAAUAAGAGAAAGACCUGAGGAACUUGAGCAAGCUAUUAUUCCAAAAGGUUUUCAUGGGGAGAAAAUGAAUCUAGGCAAAGGAUGUCUGCUGCCAGUUGGGAAGUUCAAUGAAUCAACUCGCUGUACUGAAGUAGGUUCAGCACUCCAACCUGAGAUUUUAUCUGCAAAAGUUGCCAGUAGUCAGGAGAAAGGCAAUAAUACUGAUUCCGUGGAGAACAAAUGUGGAGUUGGCUCUACUUCUUCUCUGGGAAAACGUAAGAAAACAAGUGUCGAGCAUGUUGAAUCUGACCCACUGCCUGAAGGAAAGAUAACUGAUAAGUUUGAUCAUCGAAGAGACCUUCUGGGAAGUUUGUGGGUAACUCGCUUUACCCCAAAAAUAUCAGGUCUAUCAUUAAUGUCAGAUCGUUACAGUGUUGGUGCAGUUCAUGACUGCUCCAAUGACAAGAACAAUUUCAGGGUGGAGGAGCAGUCAGUUGAAGAUAUAGUUUCUGUCUCCGGUAAUGAGCCACAGGAGUGUGCGGCGGACAAUGCAGGCUCACUUGCUUUUAAUAGAAACAAAAGCCAGAGUGAUGAGAAGUCAGUUUCCAAACUAAAUCCAAUGUUUCCUGCCCCCAAGUUCGGAGGUUCUGAAGCAAUGGCUUCUGUCUUUGCUAGGAGAUUAGAUGCUCUUAAGCACAUCAGCCCAUCUGGCAUAACAGAAGGAAAUAUGAAGCUCCUAACUGGUGAAGAGAGUCAAUCUGAAGCUUCUGUGGAUCAGGAUGACUUGAGAGUGGAGACAGAUCUCAAUUUGAGCUGGAAAUCAAAUUCAGCCUCCAAGAAGAUGAGACAUUCUUCAAAUUCAGUUAAAAGAUACAGUGCUUCAAGCUCUGGGCAAAAUAAGAUCAAACAAAAACCGGUCAUCCCUUUGUCACAGUUUGUCAAUAUACCAGUUACAGAUGUACCUAAAGGAAUUUCUGACUCUGUAAAAAGGCUUCGCUUGUCUCGCACAGAUGUCCUGAAAUGGAUGGAUUCUCAUACCUCACUCUCAAAUCUGGAGGGGUUUUUCUUGCGUCUGCGGCUUGGUAAAUCUGAAACAGGACUAGGCGGAACUAGAUACUAUGUGUCAUGUAUAACUGGCACAACAGGUUCUCAGAGGGAAAGUCAUCCACAGAAUGCCAAAACCUCUAUAUCUGUCAUUGUUGGGGGGAUUAGAUGUGUGGUUGAGACCCAGUAUGUAUCCAACCAUGAUUUCCUUGAGGAUGAGCUGAGGGCAUGGUGGUCUGCAACCACAAAAAACAAUGCCAAGAUUCCAUCUAUUGAAGACUUGAGAGAGAAGAUAGAGAUGAAAAAACUGUUGGGCUUGUAGCUUAACCAUGCAGUAUAAUAUUUCUUAGUUUUGAGUUUUGUGCAAAACGCACGAGUGAUGAUCUGCUAGACGGUUUCUGUACAUACUAAGUUUUCCCUUAAAUAUUCGUUUAUACACAAAGCGCCUUGUGCCGCUGCAUAGUAGGAAUUGUAUUCGACUGCAAUUAUACAGAGCUGAAGAAAUCUUUCAGUGAUAUCCUCAUAUUUUCUUUUACCUUGUUUGAAAAA